AUGACACCGCCUCCGUCCAGAUGCACCGCCCUCGGCGCCCCGCGAGCCCGCGUUUCCAGCCCUCUGGCUCGGUCCAGGUUCCUGCUGCGGCUGCUGCUGCAGCUGCAGCUGGUCUGGACGGCCGCCGCCUCUCAAGGCCACCCGAAGAGCGGACCCCGCAUCUCCGCUGUCUGGAAAGGCCAUGCAGGGCAGGACCAUGUGGACUUCGGCUCAACUGAGCCACACACGGUGCUUUUCCAUGAGCCAGGCAGCUCCUCCGUGUGGGUGGGCGGACGCAACAGAGUCUAUGUCUUUGACUUCUCCAAGGGCAGGAACGCCUCUGUGCGCACGGUGAACAUUGGCUCCACCAAGGGGUCCUGCCGGGACAAGCAGGACUGUGAGAACUACAUCACACUCCUGGAGAAGCAGAACGAGGGGCUGCUGGCCUGUGGCACCAACGCUCGGCACCCCAGCUGCUGGAUCCUGGUGAACGACUCUGCAGAGUUUCUUGGGGAGAGGAGAGGUUAUGCGCCCUUCAGCCCAGAUGAGAACUCCCUGGUUCUGUUUGACGGGGACGAGGUGUACUCCACCAUCCGGAAGCAGGAAUAUAAUGGGAAAAUCCCUAGGUUCCGCCGCAUCAGGGGUGAGAUCGAGCUGUACACCAGUGACACCGUCAUGCAGAACCCGCAGUUCAUCAAGGCCACCAUUGUGCACCAAGACCAGGCCUAUGAUGACAAGAUCUACUACUUCUUCCGAGAGGACAACCCUGACAAGAAUCCCGAGGCCCCUCUCAACGUGUCCCGAGUGGCCCAGCUGUGUAGGGGGGACCAGGGUGGUGAGAGUUCACUGUCGGUCUCCAAGUGGAAUACCUUCCUGAAAGCCAUGCUGGUGUGCAGUGAUGCCACUACCAAUAAGAACUUCAACCGGCUCCAGGAUGUCUUCCUGCUCCCCGACCCUAAUGGCCACUGGAAGGAUACUAGGGUCUAUGGCGUCUUUUCCAACCCCUGGAACUACUCGGCUGUCUGCGUAUACUCCCUCGGUGACAUUGACAAGGUCUUCUGCACUUCCUCACUCAAGGGCUACCACUCGAGCCUCCCCAACCCACGGCCUGGCAAGUGUCUGCCAGACCGGCAGCCGAUACCCACAGAGACCUUCCAGGUGGCCGACAGUCACCCUGAGGUGGUGCAGAGGGUGGAACCCAUGGGGCCUCUGAAGACGCCACUGUUCCACUCCAAGUACCACUACCAGAAAGUGGUUGUCCACCGCAUGCAUGCCAGCAAUGGGGAGACCUUCCAUGUGCUUUACCUAACCACAGACAAGGGCACCAUCCACAAGGUGGUGGAGCCGGGGGAGCGGGAGCACGGCCUUGUCUUCAACAUCUUGGAGAUCCAGCCCUUCCGCCGGGCGGCCGCCAUCCAGGCCAUGUCGCUGGACGCUGACCGGCGGAAACUGUAUGUGAACUCCCAGUGGGAGGUGAGCCAGGUACCCCUGGACCUGUGUGAAGUCUACACCGGGGGCUGUCAUGGCUGCCUCAUGGCCCGCGACCCCUACUGCGGCUGGUACCAGGACCGCUGUGUCUCCAUCUACAGCUCCCAAGAGCCAGUGCUGCAGUCCAUCAAUCCAGUCGAGCCACACAAGGGGUGCCCCAACCCGAAGCCAGAACAGGCCCCGCUGCAGAAGGUUUCCCUGGCCCAGAACUCCCGCUACUACCUGAGCUGCCCCAUGGAGUCCCGCCACGCCACCUACUCCUGGCGCCACGAGAACAGUGUGGAGCAGAGCUGUGAGCCCGGCCACCAGAGCCCCAACUGCAUCCUGUUCAUUGAGAACCUCACGGACCUCCAUUACGGCCACUACUACUGUGAGGCCCAGGAGGGCUCCUACCUCCGCGAAGCUCAGCACUGGGAGUUGCUACGUGAAGACAGCGCCAUGACCUCGCAGCUGCUGGGCCGCGCCUGCGCCCUGGCUACCAGCCUCUGGCUGGGUGUCCUGCCCACGCUCAUGCUUGGCCUGCUGGUCCAUUAG